AUACACUGAUGGGGGCAUGAGACGUGGAUUUUGGGCCGAAUGAAGAUGGGCCUUAUAGUGAUGGAAAGAUGUGGCGGAUUGGGCAUUUGUAUUACCCUGUUAUUAGUGGGCCGAGCUCGAGUACGACUUGGCGGUUUGAUGUGUUACGUGGUUAAUUCCUCUCUUUCUUCAUUGAUCGGACCGGGAAUGGGAUAGUAGAAAAUGGUCAAGUCCGCCAAGGCCCCACCCCAAUAAAAUACCCGCAACAAUUUAAUUUCUUUCUUUCCCGCGCCUAUAAAUACUGCCUCAAGGAGUUGAAAUCGAUUCGUCUUCAUUGCCAUCUCGCCCUUUCAGCUUUUGCUUUCACACACUUCAUGCACUAAACCAGAGUAAAUAACGUAGAUUUUAUAUCGGAGGGAUUUUAAAGCGGAGAGGAGAAAAUAAGCAGCCAUAAAUGGGGAAGCGAUUGAGGAAGGCGAGAUCCAUGUGCUGCUGCGUCUCUCCGCGCUCCUCCUACCUUACUCCUCACUCAAUUUUCAGCUGGUACGAAGAGGAUGUAUGGACGGAGAUUGCCAAGUUUCUAGAUGGCAGAUCUCUAGUGAUGCUUGCAGUGACUUGCAAAUGGUUUAAUCGUAUCAUGAUGGAGGACAGUGUGUGGAAAUAUGCAUGUCUGCGUGAUCUGCAGGUCCCUGACCCUGGAAAAGUAGCAUUUAAAUGGAGCAAACUUUAUGCCACAGCUUUUGAUGGAAGUCAUGCAUAUAUGUUCCGCCAGCAGGAGAAGCAUAUUGACUGGAUGCGAAUUGGAGCAUUCUUGUUUGACUCACAUGCUGCUCUCUUGACUGAGAAUUUAAUUGCACCCCUGAGAAUUCCCAAAGAAGGGGCAACAGAGAAUAUGUUGCAGCUAAAAGGAUGCUGUCUGUUAAAUAAUAUCAGAACUGGAAUCUGGAUUGCUGUUCCAACCGUGAUCAUGUUUGAAGACUUGCAGCUUGUUCGAUGUCCUGUUUGCGACCUUGAUACAUGUGAUGGAACAAUGCAAACCCUGGAUGCAAGGCAUAUUGAACUGUUCCUGAAUGAGGGGUAUCAUGAUGGGAGCUGGGACUAUGAUACAUUAGGAUCCCAUGACAUAAAAAAGCAGGCUGAAGGGGCUUCUGGUGGGAUUUUUGACGUAGAGCAUCUCAAGGAUCAAUCAACCUCUGAUAUUUUUGAUCUAAAGUCAUGGGUGGGAAAACGAAAUGACUGGCAACCAAAAGCGAUGAUUACUCUGCACGCGGUUGCAGUAAAUACCAAUUUGCAAGACAAUGAAGGUCUUCAGGUCAAAUACCAUGCAAUGAGGGCUGGAAAAGAUGGUGAAGUUGUUUCAAUUCGUAUAUCCCAGCAGCUGCUGUAGUUUUGUUCAAAUCCCUCGGAAAUAUUUUAAUCCCCUUACCAAAUAUAGAAUAAGAGUUUUAGUCAAUGUUGUUAUGAUGUCUUUAGCCAAUUCUGUCAACAAAUAAAAGAGUCUAAUCUGUUUCCACCCACUUCAUUUAAGGCCACUCUAAAGCAAUCCAUGUAUUUCAUACUUGUAAAGCAUUGAAGAAUCUCCAAGUUCUUUCACUGAUGUAAAGAUACCUCGCAUUGCAAUGGCAACACAUACUGAUAUCCUUGUAAAUAUUUCCAUGUUAAAGUCCACACAGUAGUUUGGUUGCUACCAAUAAAUGAACUUAAAACAUAGGACUAAUUUUCUUCACC